UAAUGGUCUACGACAGAUUUCGAGCGGAAUUGGCUUUCCGCACGUUGUAAUUGGAAUUAAACGAAACAAAAGGAAGGAGUGACAUUAUUUACUUCAACCAAUCGCAGUAUAUAAAAAAUAAGUAAAAUGAUGGGACCUAUUAUGAAACUGGGGAAGGUUUCCGAUCGGAAUGAUUCCAUUUUCCGACAAUUAUGAUAUUAUGGACAUUUGAAUUAUAUCCGAAAUGAUCGAAAAGUUACCGACACCUUGCGAGCAAGCGGAAAGUCGAUUCCGAUCGGAAUAUAGUUAUAAGAACCAAUAGACGAUAAGCAGUGAACACAUUUACGUAAAGCGGUAGUAAAAUUGUAAUAUAUAUAAUAAUAUUAUAAAAGUUAUGUAAACUUCAUAAUUAUUAACGUUUGUUCCUUUUAUUAAAUAUUUCUCGCAAUUAAUUGUAUUUUAUUAUAUCGUGAUGACAGUGUUGCUGCAAUUACCUUAUUAAAUUAAAAAUUAAUAUAAUGGUAAGUAUUGAAAAUAUUUUUAAUUUUAUAUAUAUUUAUACAGUUUUUAAAUAAGAAUCAUAAUUUUUUAGUAAGAUUACUUCUCAGUAGAGCAAUCUAAUGGGUCAAAAUAAUAAAAAUCUUAUUUUAUUCUUGGAUGAAAAUGGCUUUUGUUUAUACAUUUUUUAGAAAAAUAUUUUAUUAAAAAAAAAUCAGCAUAUAAAAAAAUAAUUUUUUGUGUAUGUGUAUAUAUGUUUUUUAAAGCUUGCUACACCUAUUGUGGUUCGGGACUUAGAGCCACAUCUUCCUUUACGGAGAAAAGCUGUAGGAAUUCCAAAUUUAUUUAGCGUAUUUAUAAUAUAUUAUUUUCCACAAAAAUUAUAUAACAGAUUUAAUAUUUUUAAUAUAACAUUAAAAUAUAUUACUUACGUAAUCUGCCAUUUUGUUGGUAUUUCUGAUUUUAUUUAUUUUUUCUAUACUGCGAUUGGUUGAAGUAAAUAAUUCCACUCAUUCCUCUUGUCUCGUUUAAUUCCGAUUACAACGUGCGGAAAUCCAAUUCAUCUCGGAAUCCAUAAUAGCACAAAUGCAUAAACGGAAUCGUAGUCGAAAACUCGCCAGUCGGAACGUGGCAUUUCCGAUCGGAAUCGUUAAAAGUUUCAUAAUAGGUGCCCAUAAAUACCGGCAAAAUGACAGAUUACGGUAGGAAAAGAACUACUCUGGAACAACGUGAAAUAAUGAUUCAGUUUAUGGAGGAGCAUCCUGAUCUAGCACAUAAUCGAAUCCAUCUUGAUGCACGUAAGCGAGCAGCACAUCUUUGGGAACAAUUAACAAAUUUGUUGAAUAGCUGUGGUCAUGGAACAACAAAAUGUACAGAAAAAUGGAUAAAGUCAUGGAGAGAUUGGAGAAUUGAUGUAAAAUCCAAAGCAGCAAAACUAAAAAGCCAAAGAGGAACUGGAGGAGGAGGUCCCUCAGCAGUCUCCUUGCAUGAAACAGAGAAGAGAUUAAUAGCAUUGAUGGGAAUUGAAUCAAUAAGAGGUCAUUUAAAUGUCAUCGAUCCUGCAGAAUCUACUGCCAGACAAUGUUUGCGGAAUAGCAACGAAAAUUGUCCGCAAAAUUGGAGAGAAGAAGCUUUAAUAUCAGAAGAUUUACUUCCACGUCAAUCUUCAACUGUAACAUUCUUUCCAUCGCCCCAGAAUAGUUAUAAAAAGGUUUCUGGAAAAGGACAGAACACACUCUAAUAUCAGAAGAUAAUUUAUUUGAACGCCAAUCUUCAAUUGUAACUUCCUUUCCAUCGAUGUUGAUGUACAAAUACUACGUGAAAUGCAGACACAAACGGAAACAUUAAAAAAGUUAACAAAUGCAAUUGUGGACAUAGCAACUUGUAUGAAACAUUCAUGCAAUACAGAUUUGGUACGUAUAGUAAUAAUAUCACUAUUACAAUGAAAACAGUUUACUCUUCUUUUUACGAUCACUCACAUAAAAUGUCUUUUUAUUGAAAUUUGAACAUCUUUUUUAAAAUUUCAAUUGCCUUUUUUAACUGUCAUAUCUCAUUACAAUAAGAAACGUCUUCUGUAUAAUGUUAAACUCAUAAUAUAAGGAAUAUAAAAUCAAAUGGACAAAUUUAUAGAAUAAUGCGAUAUUAUUUAUUGUUUAACAAUAUUUUUUAAAAUAUGUAUUUUUUCAAAUAUUAUGUAUUUUUCAAAUAUUAUGUACAUUAUACAAAUAACAUGUACUCUAUACAAAUGAAUUUUAUAUCAAUCGAGCUGCAAGUUCAUUGUGCGUUCUCAGUCCUUCGUUAAAUAUAGCCCUACCUUCUGGUAACGGCUGUACUUCGAUAUUAUCAACGUCAUUUUCUAAAACCAUGAUAGCUUCCUCUGGUUCAGGAGGAUCAGGCAUAUUUGCUCGUAUGCGCAUAUUGUGCAACAUUGCGCAGACAUUAAUUAUUUCACCUGCUUUUUCUGGCAUAUAUUCUAACGUACGAUAACGUAAGAGACAUCGAAAUCUUUUUUUCAUUACACCAAUACAACGCUCUACUGCACUUCGUGCGGUACUAUGUCUUAUAUUGAAACGUUCCUCUCGUGUACCAGGCUGCACUUCGGGAUAUGGAGUUAAAAACCUAACGGAUACCCAGAAUCACCUUAAAAAAGAAAAAUAUUUGUUUUAUAUAUUUUGAUUAAGCAAUCUUAAACUUUAUCUUAUGAAACAAAAGAAAAUAACAAAAUUAUAUACAUAGUUUUGAAACAUUGUACAAUUUUGUAUGAAAUAAUUUUUAAGCGACCAAUUUUGGUAAUAAUGUAAUGCAGAUUAAUAAACCAAAUAUCCAAUAAUGAUCGCCAUUAGCAUAUUGCGUUUGGAUAAAAUGCCUAAUAUAGCAGUUCCUCCAUACAAAGGAAUCGUGAGUGGAGCCAGGAUACCUCGCCACUUAUAUGUUCAUGAUAUGCAUAUCCGCAUCGCAUAUCUGUAAAAAUGUUUGUGCUAGAAAAUGUAUUUCUAAGUUCCUAUUUAGACUUCCUAUUUAGAAAGUUUCUUUUAUUAUUAAUAUUUUUGUACACAUUGCGCUAAGUAGAAAUAUUUACAAU